AUGUCUCAUUUGGUCCGAUGCAGGAAUUUCGAUGAAGAGGGUCGACCUGUCGGCAACGGAUGCCCCCAUGGUGCAACCUGUGGCUUCGUACAUCCUGAAAAUCCAGCGUGGUCUACGUCGGUGAAGUCCAAUCGUGGCAGCAGAGGACGCGGACGAGGCUUGCCUGGUGGACCGGGUCGCGAUAUCCCUGGUCGCUCAGCUGACACCGGUUGGGCCGCACGCAGGCGCACAUCUGGCGACGCGUUCGGUGGAGCAUCCCCAGCUGGCCGUGGUGGUGGCGGCGGCGGCUGGGAGUCCCCACACCCUGCCGCUUCCAAACCAUCAGAGACCUCGGAGCCCAGUACCAGCGGCUGGGGCGCGUCUUCGCAGUCGGGCGGCGUGGCGGCUUCUGAUCCCUGGGGCUCGGCGCCUGCGACGUCCGCUUGGGGUUCGUCCAGUGGCUGGGGCUCCUCCAGCACCGACAAAGAUAAAAACACAGCUAAUGACAGUGGAUGGGGCAGUUCGUCUGGGGGAUGGGGAGACAGCGGCUGGGGAAGCACAGACACUUCUAAUAAGAACGCUGCCUCGACCAAGGGUAAAGAGAAGGAGAGCUCCUCAGCGUGGUCCAGUGGCUGGGGCUCAACGACUACCCCAUCUACCGGCGGUGCGGGCUCUUCCUGGGGCGCGGAACCCUUGUCGGCCGCAUCAACAUGGUCAUCGAGCGCCAGCACGAUGGCGCCUUCUGCUAGUCCUGCUAGCACAGUGCCGCCUAGCAGCGCGCCCCCUGUGUCAGGCGAUUGGAGCACCUCCAACGUACCUAACGCAGCAUCAACUAUCGCUGACCCUCGACGACGGCCAAGCGUUCAGGUCAACACGGACGUAGCGGACGUCACGAUGAGCGACGUUCCCCCCUCUACUCCACUGCCCCCUCCCGAGCCAACCAGCGCGAUUCCCCAGUCGAAGCGCCAGGUAUCGUCACAGAAACCGAAAGAAGCUGACAUGGAGAAAUGGAAAGACCCGGUCAGGCUACUUUGUCAAGCGAUUGACGCGCGACACCGCUACGAGCUGGCCGAGAAGCAGAAAAUCCGCCUGAAACACUCGCAGCACUCUGGGUAUUACAGCCGAUCCAGUCCGGCCGCACAGAACAUGCUCGACGCAGAGCGCAUGAGCAUUGAACAGACGAUGCAGAUCCUGAGCAAGAAACGCCAUGCUGCGAUCGAGCAGCUCACUUUCAACACGGACCUCGUCGACGUGCGGCUUCAGGAGCUGGCUGGCUUUAAUAUCCCCGCCGACGUGGACGGUUAUCUCAACCAACUGAAAAGAUGGAUGCAGCUGGUUGAUCCUCAGAUCAAAGAUAUAACCCAGCCGCCUGAGCAACCGGCGAGUUCUGCUGAUGCAGACGAGGACAAACCGCUCCCUCCCUUGGACCUCAGUCAGCCGCCGCAGCUUGAGGACGUCACUAUUCUUUCAAAACGUCUCAAAGUCUUGGCUGAGAGCGUUGAGGAGCUCAAAGCUGAAUUAGAAUACUCCUCCCAAAAGAACGUCUGGGAAGAGAUCGAGACAAAGAUCAAAACUUACGAGGCCGAGAAGAAGCAACGCCGAGCAGAGUCGGCGGAGGCACCAAUUGUGCUUCCACCUGUGGCUCAGAUGACGCUCGCUGGCGUCUCUACGCGUCUGGAUGAAGCACACAUGCAGCAGGCGGAGACACGAGAUACCAUUGCGGGUUUACACACUUCUGUCGGCAAGAUCGAAGCGGAUCAAAGAGUGCUUGAGACUCGGAGCAGAGCGAUACUCAAACAGUGCGAAGACUGGCGCGCCGAUUCUCAGAGGCAACAGGUGAAAGCGAAGGAACAGCUUGAAGAAAUCAACAGGAAGUUAGAUGCGGCGCAGACAAGGGCUUCGCAGCGUCCAGAGGAAAUGCAGCGUGUGCCGCAGGUCGAACAGCUCCAUACCGAGCUCGCCUCGGGCUUGAAGCCGUUGCUCGAGGCGACGGUGAAGGACCUGGUGGAGAAGCAUGUGAGCGCGGUGCUACAAGAGCAGUUAAAUUGGUAUCACGUCGAUACGCGAAAGAAGAACGAGCUGAUCCUGGCGUAUGUGUGGGAUAAGCUGGUGCGGUUCUCCAGCUAUGUGCCGGAGGCUGCAGCGGGGACCAGGCAAACGGCGUGAGGACGUAAGUGAGUUUUAGAUCUUGAUAUACAGUAUAAUCGCAAUGUAUGCAUGGACGAUCUCAGUGCAUUCGGCUUGCUUUGUAGCUAUCUUCUUGCUUUCGGGCUGCUUUUACGCGUACUUG